CCAUGAACUCUAGCGUUCUAUUUCUGACGUCGACGUUCAAACCCGGUGAGAAUUUGAUUAGAAGAGUAGAUAUAAAAAUGUUAACGUUCCCAGGUAAAUUUAUCACGGCACAAUUAAGAAAUUUUUCUGCUCCUGCGUCUUCUAUUUCUGACGGAGAAGUUCUGAUUGAUCGUAUUAAACAAAAAUUGGUGAUUACAUUAAAUCGUCCAAAGGCUCUGAACGCGGUCAAUCUGCCAAUGAUAAAGAAAAUUUACGAGGCAUUGCAGGAGCCUUCUGAUCUUGUUAUUAUUAAAGGACAAGGAUUAAAGGCAUUUUGUGCGGGUGGAGAUGUUGUUGCAGUUUCAAAGUCUUAUCAAUCUGGUGAUAAAACUGAACGGAUAUAUGACCAAUUUUUUAGACACGAAUAUCAAUUAAAUCAUCUUAUCGGUACACUAAAGAAGCCUUACAUUGCAUUAAUUAAUGGCAUUACUAUGGGUGGGGGCUGUGGACUUUCAAUAAACGGCCCUUUCCGUGUGGCUACAGAACGAACAGUACUGGCUAUGCCUGAAACGGCUCUUGGAUUAUUUCCUGAUGUUGGGGCAACACAUUUUCUUCCCAGGCUUCCUGGGCAUCUUGGAAUGUUUUUGGGAUUGACUGGAUAUCGCCUUUACGGCUCGGAUGUUUUUCAUUCUGGACUUGCUACUCACUAUAUUGAAUCUUGCGACACUACUCGUCUUAGCACCGAUCUAAUUUCUUUACCUACUGACCAAUGCACAAAUGAUAACGUUAAUUCAAUUAUAAAAAAAUUCCAACCACAAAAUAUCGCUUCUUUUUCUUUGGAUCCUUAUUUGGAUUUAAUUGAUGAAUGUUUUGAUGCUAAUAGUGUUGAGGAAAUUAUGGAGAAAUUAAAUAAAAAAGUUUUAAAAAAAGAAGAGGGAAGUGAUUUUGCUUUAGAACAAUUAGAAGCUUUAGAAAAAAUGAGUCCUACAUCUCUAAAGAUCACAUUCCGGCAAAUUCUUCUUGGCAAAAAAUUGAAAUUCUCAGAGGUAUUUCCCGUCGAAUUUCGACUUUGUCAACGUUUUAUUUUUGACCAUGAUUUUCAUGAGGGAUGUCGAGCCAUUUUAAUUGACAAAGAUAAAAGUCCAAAAUGGCAACCCUCAACACUUAAAGAAGUUAGUGAAUCAAAAAUUGAAUAUUAUUUUUCAAAAUUUGAUGAAGUUGAAAAGGAAUUAAUUGUUUAGUAACCUGUUAAAAAAGUUUUGACAUCAAGAUUUUGUAAGUUUAAUGUUAGUAAAUGAAUGUAAAAUAUGAGCAAUCAAACAAGUCUAGCUUGUGAUUAUCGUUUUGGUCCUUUAAUGAGAGGAGGUGGAUAUCCAAAAAGGGCAUAAUAUGUAGGCCUUUUUU